GUAAGCAGCCAGCAGGACUGGCUGAAUGCUGUACACGUGUCACCUUAAUCUUACGUGGCAAGCGGUGGGUUUUUCCCAAAUGCUACGUGUGAGGGCGCAUGCACUAAAAAGUAAAAAGGUUGGUCCUUUAAAUAAACGGAAAAUGGAUAGGGAAUAUCUCAUUAUAUUUCUGAUCUGUAUCCAAUCCUCUAAUAAUCUUGUAAAAUGUCUGCUCUUGUACGUGACGAGCAUGGCAAUCCAAUUCAGCUGACGGACCAGCAUGGAAACCCCGUAUACCUCACCGACGAGCGAGGCAAUCCGAUGCACCUCACCGGUGUCGCCACCGCCGUUGGCUCCGGCAACGUAGUAACUCAUGACACUGCAGUAAUCAAACAGCGCCCGGAAGAACCGUACCAACAGCCGCAACUUAACCGCUCCGGCAGUUCAAGCUCUAGCUCGUCUGAAGACGACGGGCAAGGCGGAAGAAGAAAGAAGAAAGGGCUGACGGAGAAGAUAAAGGAAAAGCUGCCCGGGAAGAACAAAGAACAGCAGAAGGAGGAGCAUUCACACGCGGCUACAGCUACGGUCACCCACGGCGGCGUAACCUCCACUACUACCGGAGGGCUGCACCCGGAGCAUCACGAGAAGAAGAGUGUGGUGGAGAAGAUCAAAGAGAAACUGCCUGGCUAUCAUCACUAAUUACUAUAAUUAAGUUAUCUUCAGAUUAUCAUCAUAUCAUAUAAUAUAUUAUAAUAAUAAUAAUAUAAAUAACUUAAAAGUUGUGCUGUUAAGUUAAUUAUUUCUGUGAGUUGCGUUUAUAGCUUUAAUUAGUUAGCUAGUUAAUUUUGUGCACGUAGUAAUAAAUAAAUAUGAUUUGUAUCA